AUGGCGCGCGCCGUGCUCGUGCUCCUGGCGUGGCACCCGGAUCUCAUCGUGCCGACGCUCACGCUCCACGUCGCGGCCGUCGGCAUCUGGAAGUACCAGCACAGGCCGCGCGCGCCGGCGCCGCACCCGUGCGUGCGCGCGUCCAUGGUGGAGGCGCCUGACAGGGAGGAGCUGGACGAGGAGUUCGACACGAUACCAAGCGCGAAGUCACCGGAGGUGGUGCGCCAGCGGUACGUGCGUGACCUGCUCGGCCGCAUGACGCUGCAGGAGAAGGCGGGCCAGAUGGCCCAGAUCGAGCUCUCCGUGGCGUCGCCCCGCGCCCUCGCGGAGCUCGGCGUCGGCAGCCUCCUCAACGGCGGCGACAGGCCGCCCUUCGACGGCGCCUCGCCGUCCGACUGGGCCGGCAUAGUCGACAGCAUGCAGCGCCUCGCCCUCUCGUCCCGUCUCUCCGUCCUCAUCAUCUACGGCGUCGAUGCCGUCCACGACCACAAAAACGUCAUCGGCGCCACCAUCUUCCCCCACAACGUCGGCCUCGGAGCUUCCAGGGAUCCGGAGCUUGUCCGAAAGAUCGGUGAGGCGACGGCGCUCGAGGUUCGGGCCACCGGCAUGCACUGGACCUUCGCCCCCUGCGUCGCCGUAUGUAGGGAUUCGAGGUGGGGGAGAUGCUACGAGAGCUAUAGCGAGGACCCAGAGAUCGUGCGCUCCUUCACCACCAUCGUCGUCAGUCUGCAGGGCCAGCCACCGGCAGACCACCCCCAUGGUUACCCUUUCCUCCAUUCGGUUAGGUACUUAAUCCAGAUUCUGGUGCUCUCUGAUCAGGACCCCACUGUUCGGCAAGUAUGCUGGUCAGAAUUCACCGGAUUUUAAUGAAUCUUUUUCCCU